AUGGGCAAGGCAUUGAUUAUCGUCGACGUGCAGCACGAUUUUCUGCCUCCAAAGGGUUCUUUGGCGGUGUCUGCGGGCGAUGAAGUCGUAUCUCCCAUUGUGGAUUUGAUGCGCGACGAAAGAUGGUGCGUUGUUGUCGCCACACAGGACUGGCAUCCCGAGAAUCAUGUGUCGUUUGCCCGCAACCACGAUCUACCGGAUUUCAGUCCAUUUGACUACGCCUCGCCCUCGAAUCCAAGCAAGACGCAAGCGGCCACAUUAUGGCCCGUACAUUGCGUACAGGACUCGUGGGGCUCCCAACUGGCUCCUAAGCUAGCUCAGGCGUUCGACACUCUUCAAUGCGACCACCAUGUGGUGCAAAAAGGGUUUCUAAGCGAUCGCGAGUACUACUCUGCAUUUAACGACAUCUGGAACGAUCACCACACAAGUCUUGACGCCCUAUUGCAGAAGCAUGGCGUCAACGACGUAUUUGUUGUGGGACUUGCCCUCGACUACUGUGUGAAAAGCACUGCCAUUUCAGCAGCCCAGUUGGGCUACCGAACCACGAUACUCAAGAACUACACUCGUGCCAUAGCCUCAGACGACAAGUCUAUGAGCAACCUUAAACAGGAACUCGUGCAGAACGAUGUAGCUCUAAAAUGA